AUGAGAGCUACCCGGGCGCUGCUUGUCGACCGAAUAGGGAGAGUAAGAAGGGAUGGACUAACUGUGAAGGAUCUCGAGAACCAAGCCUACCUAUUCCGGGCAGCGCUGUCUGAACUACGAGCAGAGAUUAAUGUUCGCCACGGGAACGAAGUCGGGGCCAUCAAGGCCAAUACCGCUGGUUUAAGGCGUGAGGUUGAGCACCUCGAUCAGACCAUGAAGGAGAGCAUCAAUACACUGAAGCACGAGCUGCAGAUGGAGCUGGACAAUCGAAAGACGGAGUACAAGACGGAACUGAAGCGGCAGGAUAUCAUGAUCGAGGAAGUGUUGAAUAAGUCGAUCGUGACCUUGGGUGAUCUCCGAGUAACUAUGGAGGAAGUCAAAUGGGUUAUCAUGUGGAGAACAGUCGCAUCCCUCGCAUGCGUUGUAGUCCUGAUUAUCCUCUCAUUUGAGCUGAGACCCAAGGCUCCCCCAAAGCCGCCGCCACAGCCCCCUCAGGAGGUGCGCCAUCCCGAAGCCGAGGGACUCGAGCACACAGACUAUAUCACAUAG